AUAAUGCGAUGGCUGAAACAAUUUCACUUCUGUGAAUUAUGUCGGUUAUGAUGCAAUUUCACUAGAUUUAGCAACUUACUGUAGGCUUAGAUUAAAAACUUUUUUAAAUUUAGUAUUUCUACAUUCGUCGUUUUACAAAAAAAAAUGUAUCAAGAUCUGCUGUCUAUUUAAUUAUUCCAGAAACAAUAAGCUAAGUACUCUCGGUGUGCUCUGAUUGGCGUUUUCUGCCUCAUGGCGAGUAGAUCCUCACUCACCUGGAAUGUGUAUUUACAUAACACCUCCUUCACACAGACAGAAUAACUCAGACAUUGGAAUUGUACUGAAGACCGUGGAAGAUGAACGUAAAAACAUUACCUUGAAUUUUAUGCGCGUACACUUUAGACACGACCUGCUCUCAGGUAAGAACUGAAUAUGGACGGUGGCAUACUUUUUAAAUGUAUUUUUCCGUUAACGACAAGUUACUUACUUCCACAACACAAUUGUUGUGACUUGUAAGUACGAAAUUGAAAUGUGAUAGAUCAUAGAAGUCAACUUGGUGAAGUGAGUGAUGUAACAAUAGGCGCUUUCUAAAAAUACUUUGAGAAUAAGCUACUUACUAUCUCUGCCAUUACGGGCAGCGUUCAGCCCUUUUACUUGUCCACACAGGUUGCGUGUCCAACUAUUGUUUAAUAUCUAUCACAGAAACCUGGCCAUACAGUAAGUCUGUAUGAUAUGAUAGGACCGUACAACAGACUAUCCUGUAAUAUAUCUUGUUCAUAUUGGCGAAUGAUAUUGACUUGGUCUUCGUUCAUAUGGAAAUUAUUUUUCCGGAAUCAUAACAAAAUGAUCAUUAUCAGUCAAUAUUAAUACAUGUGAUCGGCAAUCUGUCGGGCAAAUAUUGAUUAAACUAUUAUUGUGGAGUGUAAACAAUUCAUUUGAAACAGCUCUGGCAAUGUUUCCAAAUGAUUGAUUCAGUGCCAAGCUAAACAUUGAUGGAAAAUGUCUCCAUGCAUGCAGUACACUUGCAGGUUUUGAGUUGCUCAACACACUGUUUGUCAUGAACCUUUAUUUACUGUGAAUGAUUAACUUAAUCCCUAUGCCUGCCCUUGACCGCAUAUUUCUCAUUUCAGCCUUUUAUCACCACUAUACAAUCUACUUCCCCCCCCUCAAAUGGAAUCCUGUCAUCUUCCUGUAGCUGCCUCUUUCAAUGAACUUGCACAGAUUUUGCACUUCUGUCUAUGGCCUUUUGGUGUACUUCUUAUUCUUUGCCUUGUAAUUGAGCUAAAAUGCGGUUAGGCUUGUCAAUGCUCACUUGACUGAGUUAGAGGCUAUGUUGAUGUGAUGGGGUGGGGGAAAGCAAGCAAAGUGACAUUCCUGUUUCUAUUAAACUUUGUGUCCCUUUUCUUGGAAGGGUGCAGUGGGUUGCCUCUCCCAACCCAGGUAAGUAGUGUGCUGCAGAUUUGGGAGGGAAGUGCUGCAGGUUCUGGGACAAAAUCUGCUCCUCCUCAGGACUUGCACAGUCAGGAAUGAGCAGUCAUCAUGCUCAGUAACUGCUAUCCCUAAGGUGUGGUGUGGGAACCAACUUGAAACCUCCCUUCUGCCAACAAACAUCAGUGUGCAUGGCGGUCCAGCUGACAUUUCUCAAAAGCAAUUUUUUUAGACCUGACUCUUUCCGGAACUUGCAUCCACAAAAACUAAGCAUGAAUCAUUUGUAUCUUAGCUCUCUGGUCAAUUUAAUUAGCGUCUCCACAUGUCUCCACACGUCUGAAUAAUGUUUUGACGUUAAUAUCCUUUGUAAGCUUGACUUGUUAUUUUGGGAGUGGUGUUGAUUUCUAAGUUCAGUAAUAGCCUUCUGUGUUGUUAAAUAUUUCUGUAACUAUCAUGACGUGUGUCCCUACCAAGCUUAACGUUUUUCAGGAUUUUAGCUAGCUUGUUGUUGGAUAGCUGUAUGACGGGGAUUUAUGUUGAAAUUAUGGAAACUGGUUAGAAAGGCAGGGACAAAUAUAUAAGUCUCAAAGUGGGAAUUAACCAGUGCUUUUGUGGGUGUGUGUGUGUGCAAUCUUAGUGUCACUUGAUGUUAUAGCAGGGCUGUAAAACACUUGUUGUAUCGGAUGCACCAAUACCAUUUUUUAAUGACUGAGUAUGAGUACCAAUAUUUUUGUACUGGUACUUGCCGACACUGAUACCUAUACGUUUUUAGUUGUUUUGGGGUGAUGUGGCAGUUUUCCAAGCACAACACGGUGAGACUGAUGAAUGUAGGACAGCUUCUUUAUUAUUACUCGAAUGAAAAAAGCUUGGUAUCGGUAUCGGUGCAUCCCUAGUAAUUACCCUUAACAACCACAUCUGACAAAUAUUAGUAUACUAUUAGAACAAUUGGCCUGGCUUUAGUCAUGAUAUGUGAAUAUUUUGUUUCUUGUAUUGAGCAUCCUCAAUUUUCACCUGUGGCCACCCCUUAUGUAACAUUGGGGCUGGGUGUUAGUAACAGGGUUAAGCCUAACUAAUGCACUAGAGGGAGCUUAAGUGAGUUUAAGAGUCUUGUGAGAUUACACAGAUCAUGAAUUAAUUCAACUAGGUUAAGUCAAAAGCAAGCUUUGCUCAGUUACACCUGCAUGUUCCUCCAUUAGAUAAGGAUACAUGCUAAAUUAAGAUUCAGUACUUGUGUUUUUUUUGUAUCCUUCCGGUUAGCCUUUGGCUGGCAUACUUUCUUCAGUCAAUUAGUUUAUACACAAGGUAACUACAAUACAACACGUGCUAGUCUAACAUUCAAACUUAGCUCAUCCAAGAGACUCCUACAAUAUGUCUUAACAACUUGUCUCCUUCCUGCCAAAGUAAAUUCCUUGUCUGUGUAAACUUUCAUGGUGAUUAAAACCCUUUCUGAUUCCUUCCUGUGUCUUAAGGUUCUAUCCCCACACUGUUCCUGUUUGACGCCCAGCCAAUCAGCAGAGGCUCUUGAAGCCCUGGUCUCACCCCUCCAUCGCCACAUCUGUGCAAUGCCGAAGAGUGACAUGUGGCCAGGUGGCAUUGCCAUGGAAUCCUUAAUCAAUAUGGACGGUGCUGGUAGCUGUGAUAGUGUGGUCAGCGUGAACUCUGGCUUUAGUGACGACAGUAUGGAGCAUCUGUCAGCUGAGGAGCGUGCUUGUCUCUUGUUUUUGGAGGAGACCAUAGAGUCUCUGGAGAUGGAGGAGGACAGUGGCCUGGCCAAUGAUGGCAGCCUGGCAGAAACAUUUCCACCCAGUAUCUCCCCCAUGGUCCAGACCAGCCUAAACGAUGCAUCCAAUAUCCAGCAUGAUGAAAACUGUAAUGUGCCUAAGCCAUUUCUACUGGCCAAUGACUGUCCGAGCCCACUGUCCAGAGCUCCAGGUGGUGACAGUGAGCCCAAAACUGAUGUAGCACUACAAGCUAAAAUAGUAGUAAUACCAACAGACCCUAAAGCUGAGGCCCCUGUGAAAAUUGCUGCCCAGGGCCAAGCCUCAUCCUCACAUCCAGCUGGUGUAGUCCCAGCUCCAGCUUCAAUUCAAGAACCUGCCACUAAGCUCCAUAACUUAGAGUUGGCUGCUGACUUGAAGACACUCGAGUUGACCACAAACACCAAAGAACCUGAUGGGAAAUCUGCCCCUGACUUACCUGGACAGCUAAACACUUCUGGAAACCCCUCACCAGUCUCUGGGUCUGACCCCAAAGCAUCCCCUCCAGCAAUCCUAGAUGGCAUGAUGGAUUCAUUCUUUGGAAAGAGGGAAGUUGAGAGCAAUCUUAAAACCAUCUCUGCAGACAGCAAGUUAGGCAAAGGUAACUUCAAAGACCCUGUAAAUCUGGACCUAGCACUGAUCCCUCCUCCCUCAGACUUCAGGGAUGAGCCACAAUCAGAACUGGAACCAGGUCCAGCUGGGCCAGAGCCAGAGAAAAAGACUGAAUCUACUGCACCUACAGGCCUCUCUGCCCGGGGGCCUCUCACCUACAGCGAACUGGAUCAACUCCGUACAAAGGCCUCCAUGAAGAGAGCUCCACCGGCCUCCCCAGUAACCCCGGAUCCCCCUUCCAAAUUCACAAUUGACCUUCCUGGCAGCACCAACAACCCCCUUUCCACAGAAGCCCUUGCCUGCCCUGUUUCUGAGGCUGCAGAGCCCCGAAGCCCCCCAGCUGUAGCGCCUAAACCCAAGAGGCUUCCUUCUAACAUCAUACUCAAAUCCCACAAGGCGGCAAUCGUAAAUCCUGAUGGUCACCAUGCCACUUCUAACCUCACUCCCAGUGACAAGGUAAUGAUGGACCCCCAGAAGGUUCGAAGAGAGGCCUUACAGAAGCUGGGCCUCCUCAAGAGUGAACAUGUAGACUCUGGUCCCCUCCGAGGCCAAGCACAUUCACCGAAAUCCAAGAGUUCAUCUUCUGGGCUUUUUUCUCCAGCACCUACCCCUGCAUCAACAAGUUCUCCAACCCUAGCUGCAUUGCAAUCUUCGAUGUUAAACCUAGCGCCAACCCCAGCCCAAAGCACAGCCCCAACCCCAGCCCCAACCCUAGCCCCAAUACCAGCCCCAGCCACAAACCUAGCCCCAACACCAAAACCAACCCUAGCACCAACCCCAGCCCCAACCCCAGCCCCAACACCAAGAUCAACCCUAGACCCAACCCCAGCCCCAAGUACAGUCCCUGCCCCAACACCAAACACAGCCCCAACCCCAGCCCCAAUCGUAGCCCAACCUAAUCCAGCUCCUGCCCCUGCUCUAGCACCAGUUGACCCUGCUCCUGAUGCAAACCCAGACUCCUCCACUAGCUCAACUUCAGUACCAGCUCCUACUUUUCCUACUGCUCCAAACCAAGCCCCAACCACUACCCCAGCUCCUAUCCCAGUCCAAGCCCCUACCCAAGACACCACAUCAGUCCCAACCCCUGCUCCGGUCCCUGCCUCAGCUAUUAGCUUGGUUCCUGUCUUAAUUCCAGCCCCUGCUGCCUUCACCGACCAGGACGAACAUCUCCACUCACUUACUGAACUAACUGUUUUUGAGUCACCCAAAAUGUCCGCAGGGGUCAAAUCAGUCACCCUGGAGCGUUCAGGCAUUGGCCUGAGCAGUUACAUUUCCAGCCAAGCCUCAGGUGAAGUUCACCAUGAUACCACAGCAAAUCUCAGUCCUAGCCACCUGCGCAAUUUCAGGCCCCGGCCUGCUUCCCUCGGUAGUGGGAAAGACUUUGUUCAGGCGGGGGCCUUGCAGUCAGACACCAGGAGAUCUUUGCACAUGGCUUCUGUCUUAGAACCCUCUGAAGACCAGAAGUUGCCCCGCUCCAGUGGCAUCAGCGUGCUGAUCUGCCCCCGUGGUGAGAAUGGAUUUGACCGGCGUGAGGCCCUGAAGAAACUGGGACUGCUCAGGAACUGACGGCCUAGAGAUUAGCCUAGAACCUUUGUCACUUAACAUGGCCUUUCUAAUACAACAAGCUAGGGAUGUUAUUGUAUUUGGUUGAUGAAAUAUGAGCAGACCUUGCCUAU